GGUGCGGAGAGAUGUAGUUUUGUCUUUAUUCUACAAGAGGUGCGAAUGUUGGAAGCCUAGGAAGCAGAGGCUAAACUCAUGGCUCCAAAUGGCGGCACCGCUAGUUACAUCCAUUCCACAUAAUCCAUUUUACCUAAAAUCAAACACUAAGAAAAUAGAGAGCGAGUUGUGAGAUUUUAGAACACGUUUUUAUUUUUUUGAAAAUAUUUUCAUUGUUGAUGGGAAAGUUAAAAGUUGUUGUCUUUUGAGGAAAUAAAUGGGAACAAGAAGUGAGUUUGUGGGUAGAAAGAAAGGAGUAGUUAGAGAGUGUGGGUCUGGAUUGAGGAUGCAAGGAAAGCAAAGUGAUGGAAGUAAGAGAUUGAUGGUGUUUGAUGCUGAUGAUAAUAAUAAGUUCUUAUCUUCUUCUUCUGGUGCUUCCUGUUGUGUGAGCUCUGUUACUAAUGGUGGUUUUGUGGGUGGUGAUGGUAUUGGUGGGCCCUUGUUUUGUAAUACAAGCAACCAGGUUGCUUGUAUGAGCGAUAUAUACGAUGUUGUCGGUGUUGCCUCUGCUUCUGGAUCUGAUACUAAUACUGCAACUGCACUAAUUCUGCCCAAAUCUCCAAAUUCCUCAGUGGGAGGAAUGGCAGCAGCUUCUGUGAAUGUGAGGUUACCUUUUACUGCUGCUCAGCUGCAAGAACUUGAGAGGCAGACCAUGGUUUUCAAGUACAUGAUGGCUUCAAUACCUGUCCCUCGUGAACUUCUCUUCCCUAUUACCAAAACCCCAUCAACUCUUCCUUCUUCACACUCCAAUAUGGUACGACGUCCAAUGGAGCUGGGGGCUAUGAGCCAGAAUAGCUCGGACCCAGAGCCAUGGAGGUGUAGAAGAACAGAUGGGAAGAAAUGGAGGUGCUCUAGAGACGUGAUUCCUGAUCAGAAGUACUGUGAACGACAUUCUCACAAGAGCCGUCCCCGUUCAAGAAAGCCUGUGGAAUUGCCAGCCCAUCAGAUGAACAAGAACGAUCAUGUUGUCACUCACUCUCUUAAUCUUGCGUCAAGUUCCCCUAACAGGCCUUAUCAAACGUCUCAUUUUCUUAACCAGACCAUGGGCUAUUCUGCAUUAUCCAGUGAUCAACAACCAAGGUGCUUGGAAUGGUUCAUGAAAGGUGAGACCAUUCCUGUUGCUAAUAAUUCCAACCAAGAAUGCCAGCAAAUGCUGCAAUCCAAAUUAGAAUCCAAGAGAGACAGCACCAGUGGUUAUGGAGAACACUCGUUCAACUCCAAUUCAUACAUUAAUUUUGGUGGUGGUGACAAUAGUGUGCUGCAAGCUCAGGGGCUAAUUGGCCAGUACAACCAGUUUCUUAGCCCCAAAUUGGUCUCCCAUCAGACCCAAACACAACAGAUCACUAGACACUUCAUUGAUGCAUGGUCUAUUGGAGACGGAAGUACGGGGAAUGCCGACGGAAUCAGCAACAGGAGUUUUCUUUCGUGUAAUGAGAAGCUGCCGCAAUCUUCGCUUACAUUAUCAAUGUAUGGAGGAAGUGAAAUUAGUGAAAGAAAUGAAAAUGUUGUAAUGAGUACUCUUGGUAACUCAGGCGCAGAAACAGAAAAUAUUGGAAUUUCUAGACCCCACUGGAUGAACUAUAUUUCAGGGACGGGUUCGACACCUGGAGGACCAUUGGCUGAAGCAUUGUGCCUCGGCAUUGCGAGUAGUGCAAAAUCAGAUUCGAAUGAAGCAUCCCCACAUGCUUGCAGCAUUAGCACCACUACCAGCAGCAGCAAAAGCUCAUGUGGAGAUGGUGGCCGCCCAGGGACCCAGUUUAAUUAAGGCAAUAUGGGUCGUCUCUCGUCAGACUUCUGCUUUAAGCUCAUUGUGUAUGUAUUAGUGAACUGGUUAAUAUCGACCAAGACAAGUUGAACUGGAUUGGUUGGACCAGAGCUAACAACAAAUUCUAUAAAAAAAAAUUCUUGAACUUUGUUAUUUUA